AUUUUCCUGGUAGUGCCGCCUUUACCAUGAUAACGGAAAGCCGUGAACAUCUGGCAUCUAAGCCGCUGAACUCAGAGUCAAUAAUUAGGCUUGAUACUCCAGAUGACAAACCUUCACUCGAAUGUGAGAGCAUUCCAUCAGGAGGACACAUCUCGGAUGUCUCUGGUGGCCCCGUGUCUACAGAGGUGAAAGAUGUGAAUGAUGUCUCCGAAUUUGAGAAGUGUGCUAUGGAGGAGCAGACACACGAUGAAGUCCCCAUCUCAGCAUCGAAGAUUACUGUUGUAGUUGCUGGGCUAGUACUUGCCGUAUUCUGCAUGUCACUGGACAGUACAAUCCUAGCGACCGCGAUUCCGAAGAUCGUUUCCCAGUUCCACUCUCAAAAUGAGAUGGGCUGGUACGUUAGUGCAUACUCCCUCACAUUAGCCAGCUUCAGCCUGGCCUUCGGUAAAAUAUACACGUUCUAUCCCGCCAAAAUUGUGUUCCUUAUCACCCUUUCGCUAUUCGAAGCUGGAUCUCUGAUCUGCGGCGCUGCUCCCAACUCGUUGGCACUGAUUAUUGGGCGAGCAAUCGCUGGUAUAGGUGGGACUGGGAUGUACUUAGGAUCAUUGCUUCUAGUUGCCGAGAUCCUCCCCUUUGACAAAGUCCCAAUCAUCACCGCACUUCUUGCUGCUAUGUAUGGCAUAGCUGCUGUCGUUGGACCAUUGUUAGGUGGUGCAUUUGCAGACUAUGCAACUUGGAGAUGGUGCUUCUAUAUCAAUCUGCCCAUGGGCGGGCUGACUUUUCUUUUUGUCUUCUUCUUUGUCAAGACAGGAAAUGACAGAAAGAGGGCUCGAGAAGCUAAUAAUAUAGUCUCUCGAUUCCUCGAAUUGGAUCCGAUAGGUGUCGCGCUAUUGAUCCCAACCCUCAUAUGUCUCUUGCUGGCCCUCGAGUGGGGAGGAGCGACUUAUUCGUGGCAUAGCUGGCGCCUUAUCGUCCUUUACGUCGUGGGUGGCUGUUGCGCCCUGGGUUUUGUUGGAGUCCAGAUCUGGCGACAAGAUACAGCCACACUUCCGCCACGAUUACUAAAGAAUCGAAACAUCUGGGGCACCAUACUGUUUACCUUUUGCUUAAACGGCUCCUUCGUGGUUUUAGCGUAUUAUCUUCCUAUCUGGUUCCAGAGUAUCAAGGGUGUCAGCGCGAUUCAAUCCGGCAUUAUGAAUCUUCCUCUGAUUUUAGUGAUGGUUAUAUGCUCCUUGUUAUGCAGUACACUUGUGACCAAGCUCGGGUACUACACGCCCUUCCUCUACCUUGCCCCUAUCAUCGCCUCCACCGGCGCAGGGCUUCUCUCUACAAUGCAUGUCAACUCUGGCUCUUCCGUCUGGAUUGGCUUCCAAGCCCUUUUCGGAAUCGGAUUAGGCUGCGGUUUAUCACUAAGCAUAGUAGCCGCUCAAACUGCACUUCCACCGCAGGAUAUUCCCACGGGCACAGCCAUAGUCGCAUUUACACAGACAUUGGCAGCCGCCGUGUUUAACUUCGUGGCUCAGAAUGUGUUUCAGAACCAAGUGCUGAGCGGCUUAGCUCAAGCAGCCCCAGGUGUAAGUGCUGCAAAGCUCACCAAGGCUGGGCCUACCAUGCUCCGCGAAAUCGUCCCUGCGGACACGCUUCCCGCUGUAUUAGAGGUGUAUAACACUGCUAUUACACGGGCUUUUUAUGUUGCUGUGGGGAGCGCAGCGCUGGCAAUCUUUGGUGCGAUCCCUCUUCAGUGGCUGUCUGUCAAGAAUAAGAAAAUCCAAGCAGUGACUGCACAUGCUUGA